AUGGGCGCCUGGGGACGGUCGCGUCUGUGGAUGAGGUGCCUCUCAAGGUGCCAAGCGGCAAACUUCGCGGCUCCUGCAAUAGCUCGACCGGUGGAAAGAUGGGAUCUGCGACCGUUUGCGGCGAUGUUGACAGUACUCACUGCAGAGCAGGCCAGGAGGACCCAGCUCCAGAGCAAGGGAUACGUGGGUUGUGCCUCCACGCAGCGCGUUAGCCUCGGCCAAGCCACUGAGUUCGACGACGCCAGCAUGCGCGAGGUGAAAAUUGAGGGGGGAGCCGCUGUUCUGGUACAUCGACACCAAGGUGAGUUCUUUGUGACCUCGCCAGCAUGCGGCCAUUACGGCGCCCUGCUUCGAAAGGGCAUCAGCUCUGCCGGAGGCCGUGGCGGGCCACCGACCGUCACGUGCCCUCUUCACGACGCCACCUUCGACUCCAGAACCGGCCAGGUCGUUCGAGGGCCCAGUGUGGACGGCAUCGCGGUCUGCAAGUCCGAGGUGAAGAAUGGGGUCCUAUUCGCCGACCUCCCGCCAGAGCUGGUGGCUGGAACCGGCAAGCAUCCGAAG